CAGCCAGACACACAGAGAGACAGAUAGUUAUAUAAGCAGACAGACAGACAGACAGGCAGACAGACAGUCCUAGAAGCAGGCAGACAGGUCCCGGGGCGCUGCAGCGGGUCUCAGGAUGCCGGACGAGGAAAGAGUUUCUCCGCUCAAGAACUUCGUGGCUGGGGGGGUCGCCGGAGCCUGUCUGCUGCUGGCCGGACACCCGCUGGACACCAUCAAGGUGAGGCUCCAGACUCAGCCCAAAGCCUCCUGCGCUCAGUAUGAGAUCUACAGAGGAACGUAUGACUGCUUCUGCAAGACCGUCUCCAAAGAGGGUAUCCUGGGCCUCUAUAAAGGAAUGGGGGCUCCCCUGUUAGGCGUGGCUCCCAUGAUGGCCAUCAGCUUCUUUGGGUUCGGCCUCGGGAAACAGCUCCAGCAGCCAGACCCCGACCAACCCCUCACCCUCAUGCAGCUCUUCCUCUCCGGCUGCCUGGCCGGCGUCUUCACCACCGUGAUCGUGGCUCCAGGAGAGAGGAUCAAAUGUUUACUACAGGUGCAGGCCAGCCGGGGGGAGUCCAGGUACGCGGGUCCGGUGGACUGUGCGGUCCGGCUCUAUAAGGAGCAGGGCCUCCGCAGCCUGUACCGGGGCACGGUGCUGACCCUCAUCAGAGACGUGCCGUCUAACGGUCUGUACUUCCUGACCUACCAAUGCCUCAAAAGCUUCCUGACACCUGAGGGUCAAAGCGUCUCUCAGCUCAGCACUCCUAAGAUCAUCCUGGCCGGCGGCGUGGCAGGAAUCCUAAACUGGACGAUCGCUCUUCCUCCCGAUGUCCUCAAGUCCAACUUCCAGACCGCUGCAGACGGGAAGUACUCUGGCGUGGUCGACGUCCUCAGGACUCUGCUCUCAGAAGAAGGCCCUAAGUCGCUCUACAAAGGGUUCAACGCCGUCUUCCUCCGAGCCUUCCCUGCCAACGCGGCCUGUUUCUUGGGGUUCGAGGUGGCCUUGAAGGGGCUGAACUGGCUCGCGCCCACCUGGUAACUCACAACACAUCAAAGUGUUCGGGCCAGUCGGGACCAGUUUUGAUCACUUUGGACGAGUCGGGACCAGUCUGAACUGGUCCGGACUAGUCUGGACCAGUCUUGGACUAGAUUGGACCAGUCUGGACCGGUCUGGACUAGUCUGGACUAGAUUGGACCAGUCUGGACCGGUCUGGACUAGAUUGGACCAGUCUGGACUAGAUUGGACCAGUCUGGACCGGUCUGGACCAGCCUCUCGUAGACCCAUUCAUGAAGUUGUUAGAUGUUGCCAAUCAGCCAAUCAGGAGCUCUCUGUAAACACUUGAAUGAAUGUAUGAUUUUGAGAUAUUGCGUAAUCAUGAAUAUAUAUUUGAGCCUUUUCUUCUUUUAUUUAUGAUUUUGUAAAGUGUCAAAUAUAUAUAUAUACACUACCGUUCAAAAGUUUGGGGUCACUUAGAAAUGUCUUUAUUUUUCAAAGAAAAGCACUGUUUUUUCAAUAAAGAUAACAUUAAUCAAAAAUACCCACUAUACAUUGUUAAUGUGGUAAAUGACUAUUCCAGGUGGAAACGUCUGGUUUCUAAUGAAAUAUCUCCAGAGGUGUAUAGAGGCCCAUUUCCAUCAACUAUCACUCCAGUGUUCUAAUGGUACAUUGUGUUUGCUAAUCGCCUUAGAAGACUAAUGUCUGAUUAGAAAACCCUUGUGCAAUUAUGUUAGCACAGCUGAAAACAGUUAUACUGGUGAUAUAAGCUAUACAACUGGCCUUCCUUUGAGCUUGAAGUUUGAAGAACAAAAUUAAUACUUCAAAUAUUAAUCAAUGUCUUGACUAUAUUUUCUAUUCAAUUUUCAAUUCAUUUGAUAAAUAAAAGUGAGUUUUCAUGGUAGACACGAAAUUGUCUGGAUGACCCCAAACUUUUGAACGGUAGUGUAUAUAUAUAUAUAUAUAUAUAUAUAAUGUAUUAAUUAUAUAAUAAUUGGUUUAUUAUUUAUUAUUUAUAUACCAAAAUAAAUCUGACAUAAUUUAU